CGGCUGGAUCCGCCCCUGGUGUUUGAAAUGUUGAAAAUCAAUAAAGCAGUUGUUAAUAAACAGCCAGGACAGUUAUGUGUGGGUAUUGAGUAUUCACCUGUAUUCAUUCACCUGUCUUUUUCGGGCUCCCUAGUAAGACAAUGUCUUGUAAUGCCCUCCCAUAGUUUAUUUGUACACCACUGCAAAGAGUUUGUUCUUUGAUACAAUAGGUCCAUUGUUGGAUCUGUGGGAAGACUCAACAGGAUUAUCACCUGCUGGGCCUAUAACUAAACUUGUCGAGCUGUGUUGAAAGAUAGGCAUCCACCUCUGAUUUGAAUCUGUUUAUGGUUGGUGCAUUCACUGCUGACAUCGGUAGUUUGUUCCAGGUGUUGACUACACGGUGUGUGAAGCUAUACUUGUGGAUGUUGAGAUGUGCACGCUCCUUGGGGAUCCUCGUGUUGUGGCCUCGUAGAUUGGUUUCCAGCUCCUUCAUUGUAAACAGAUUGUUUAUCUUGAUAUCGUUGAGGCCAUGCAUGAUCUUGUAGACUUGAAUCAUGUCACCACGGAGGCGUCUGUACGAGAGGUGAACAUGAACCUACCAGUUCACAUGUCAGAGAGUGAUGCUGCACAGAAUCCAGGAUGUGUGAACCUUCUCAAAGCACUCUCCCAACAUCUGACAGAAGAUGGCACAUCUAAGCACAUGGAAGAAGCUCACAAACUGGCCAAGGAGAAGAUGGAAGGAGCAAGGAUGGGUUACCUAGAGAAACACAUCUUGCAUCAUGAGGUGCAUCAGCUUCUCACGGAACACAACAUAGCUUCUCAUGAAGUGGCUCCCGACUCCAAGACUGCACAGUUCUAUGAAGCCCUGCAGCAGUGUGUGGCUACAGCUGAAGCAUGUGACUAUCUAUCAGAGAGGAAUGAUAGCGAGGAGCAUGGUGACAAAGCUACCCUGCUAGGCUUAGAGAAAGAUAAACUACUCGCAGGAAAUCACCAGAAAAAGAUGGUGUCUAUGAUACAGCCCCAGUUAAUUCCCCUCAUAGAAGAGAGACUCAGAAAGCAGUGUGAAGAGCUUCAAUCAUUCCAUGAAACAGACUCCAGUUCAACUACAGGUGAUGAGUUGACCUUUGCUAAAGCGACCCAGCUCCCUGACGUCUUGCGCAGUGAGAAGAUGAAGCUGGAGGAAGAGAAGAAACAGCUCAAAUUGGCCAAACUCCUGAGGAACAAACAGUUCUGGCAGUACAAUCAGAUCUUGAGAGAAGCCCUACAUACCUUAGAGAAACUGAUCACCAAUCAUAGGCUACGUCUGCAAGCUGAUAGCGACAGCAUCACCACAGAUUGGCUCGAUGCACGUUGUCAUGCCAUGAGCCUCAAAAUCAGAGUCUUUGAAGCCAAGCUUCUUUGCAGCACGUACACACCUGAAGUUCUUCAAGCAAUGAAAACAGCAAGGCAACAGCUAGAGGGCGCUGUACAGGAGCGUGAGAAAGACCUGAUGCGGCACGACCAAGCUCUGAAGAACUACAAAGCCAUCGGUUCAGACUUUGAGGAGAUAGUGAGGGAGUACCAGGAGUUAACGGCUGCCAUUGAUAACAAGAAAUGGGCUCUUCGAGAGCUAAAGCAGGCUUUACCAGAGGAGGAGCUAGGACACAGAUAAUACCAACUUUGCUGUAGUAUAAACUUUAAUAGGUGCAACUUAUAUCAGCCUUUCAGAACAGAACUUCAGUUAAACCUAACUUCAUAGGUAGUCUUCAUUUAGGUCUUCAGAAUAGUCAUCUGGGUCUCCAUUAAUUUAUGACUGCAGUAUAAGCGAUUAUAUUAAUGACUUCAAAAGACUAAGACGAAGUAUUCUGACAAAGAUUUUCAUUAAAAAAAGAAUGACUCAUGAAUUUUGUUUAUCCAGCCUUCGGGAAAUAUAUUUUUCAUAUUUUACCAUUAUUCACAUAGUAAAUAAAAUGUACAUAAUAUAUUUUGUUACAUACAAAGAUUCAUAAUUUAAAUGUACACUGUAUAUACAUGUAUAUACAAAAUCUUAUUGCGAAUGAUCAGAAAUGUACAAUUUGAGCUCAGCAGAAUUUGUUCGAACGUCGAAGUACAAUGUGAUGUGGUAUAAUAUUGAUCAUGGAGUGACCAGUUUUACCAUACUCAUUUUCCCCAAUAGGAAAACGAAAAAUGAAAUUUUGAUUUCUAAUCAUAAAUAUCUUGAUAAUCAGACAGGCGAUCGUAACAAAAUAAUUGUUGCACUCUUCACUUUUAUAUUCUGCUGACAUUUAUUUUGUUCCUAUGUUUCCUUAUAAUCUGUUGAUGUCUAUAUUCACUACCAAUGAAAUAUGUUCGAUUGAAAUACAUAAAAUAAUGUAGGUGUACAUACUUAAUGGAAGAAACUGUAUUUAGUGUGAAAUAAAUUGACUUUGAAAAAGUUGAAAA